AUGGCAGUCGACCUCGGACCUCUUGGUCAGCAGAGUGCAGCCUCUGCAUUCCUGAUAGGCGUCGGUGCACUAACGGUGGGCUCGGUUGUCUUCGCGACGUUGAGAGUGCUACUCAGCACAUUCGUUUUGCCAGGACAUUCUCUGUCGAAGUACGGUCCUAAAGGCUCGUGGGCAGUGGUGACCGGUGCGUCGGACGGUCUGGGAAAGGAAUAUGCCCUCCAACUCGCGAAGAAGGGCUUCAAUCUGAUACUCGUCUCUCGAACUGCCUCCAAGCUGGCCUCUUUGUCCUCCCAAAUAAAGACCUCAUCUCCAAACAUCUCGGUGGAAACACUGGCAAUGGAUUUUUCUCAAAACCUCGACGUCGACUACACUGCUCUGGCUGCUCUUGUGCAGGGGAAACAGAUUGCCAUCCUGAUCAACAACGUGGGCCAAAGUCACAGCAUACCUGUGCCUUUUAUCGAGACUCCUCUAGCUGAGGUUUCGAAUAUAAUCAACAUAAAUUGUCUGGGAACGCUCCGCGCUACACAGACUGUUCUACCAAGCAUGCUGCCACAGAAGAGAGGACUUAUUCUGACAAUGGGUUCAUUUGGCGGACUCGCACCCACUCCACUGUUGGCAACCUAUUCUGGCUCGAAAGCCUUUUUGCAGCAGUGGUCAAACGCCCUGGCGUCAGAGCUCUCCCCAGCGGGAGUCGAGGUCUAUUUCGUCCACUCAUACCUUGUGACCUCGGCAAUGUCCAAGAUUCGCCGAACAAACUGGCUAGUCCCGUCCGAAAGAACCUUUGUCAGCUCCGUACUGGCGAAGAUUGGGCGAAGAGGAGGAAGCUUUGGUUAUCCGUACAGUGGGAGUCCUUACUGGAGCCAUGCGCUUGUUGCGGCCCUCAUAACUGGAGUGCUGGGCCCCAUGAGCAGUAUUUUGUUGGGCAUCAACAAAAGGAUGCACGUGGAUAUCAGGAAGAGGGCCAUCAAGAAGGCUGAGCGAGACGCACAGAAGGGAAAGAAGAACACAUGA